AUGUCCCUAAUCCCAGACGUCAAGCUCAUCCUCGGUGCCGUCAUCCUCCUGGCUGUCGUCCGCCUCUUUUUGGGACGCCGCUCGCCACAUCCUCUCCCUCCUGGGCCCAAGCCGGCACCGCUUAUCGGAAAUUUGCACCAGGUGCCCAAGAGCCUCCAAUGGUUUCACCUCUACCACUGGAGCAAGAAGUAUGGCCCCGUGAUGCACCUCAGCAUGGGUGGCCAACCGUUGGUCAUCUUAUCGACUCACCAAGCCGCCCAUGACCUGCUCAACCGACGGAGCUCCAAGUACUCGGACCGGCCGCGCAUGGUGAUGGCGGGUGAGCUGGUCACCAGGGGUAUGCACAUGCUGCUCCGCCAGUACGACGACCGGUACAGGCUACACCAGCGGAUGGAGGCGCCUCUCCUGACCCUGCGAUCCGCGAGCUCGUACCGGCCGCUGCAAGACAUGGAGUCGCAGCAGUUGUUGUUCGAUGUAGUGGGUGAACACGGAGAGACGGGCGCCAAAGGCGUGGACUUCCACCACCACUUCGAGCGCGCCAUGGCCAGCUUUAUCUACGCCCUCAACUACGGUUUCCGCCUGCGGACCGGGUACGAACAAGAACUUUUGGACGGCAAGCGUGUGCAGGGCGAGUUUGCGAGAACUGGCCAGGUCGGCGCCUACCUCGUCGACUCCUUCCCCUCGCUGAACUACCUGCCUAGGUUCCUCGCGCCGUGGAAAAAGGAGGCAGAUGAGCUUUAUGAGCUCGAGCGCCAGCUGCAUGUUGGGAAUUUGAACAAGGGUUUGGCCAGUCCGGGCUGGAACUUCAGCAAGCACAUGAAGAAAUCGCCCGAGGCUCAGGUCAUGUCUGAGGAGGAGCUCGCUUUCGACCUCGGAAUUCUCGCCGACGCUGGUCUUGACACGUCGACUGUGGCAUUGGAUUGGUUCAUUGUCGCCUGGAUCACCUCCGGCGGCUCGACAUGGGUUCGCAAAGCGCAGGCACUUCUUGACGAGGUAGUUGGGAAGGAUCGGCUACCAACGUUUGAGGACCGCCCGAAACUGGCAUUGAUCGAUGCUAUCGCAUCAGCGAGCGAAACUCUGCGCUGGCGCCCCGUCGUAGUCGGCGGCGUGCCGCACUUCACCAAGGUCGAGGACAAUUACAUGGGUUACCACAUCCCGGCCAACUCGAUCGUGCUGGCCAAUGCCUUUGCCAUCACGCGUGACGAGUCAGUCUUUGGCCCCGAGGUUGACGACUUCGUCCCCGAACGGUGGCUUGCCGAGGAGACUGCUAGCACCAAGUCCGAACCAUCGAUUGACGCUUGCGGCAUGAACACGACGGCUUUGAAGGAUCUUCCUCAGACUGGCUUUGGGUUCGGACGGCGCAUCUGCACGGGUCGCAUGAUUGCACGCAACCAGCUAUUCAUUCAGAUGGCUCGUAUGCUCUGGGCGUUUGACGUUGAGGCCGGCAUCGACGAGGCUACGGGUCAGCGGCCCAAGAUCGAUCCCAUGAACUGCACCGAGGGAUUCGUGACCCUACCCAAGCCGUUCAAAGCUGAAAUGCGCCCGCGUGGUGAUUGGGUUCGUCGUGUGGUUCAACAGGCCGGCACCACCCACGGCACUGACCACGCCGAGAUAUUGAACCAGGCCAGCAAGGAGAGAGAACGUUCUUAG